CAGUGCUUUAGUGCAACGUUUAGCAGAAAGUGAACCCGUUUCUGGUGACUCCGUUUCGAACUUAUCGAUAAAAGGGUAUUGUGAAAAAAUAAGACACUUCCAAACGGUAGUGACAGCAAGUUUGAGUUCCUCCCCAGGCCGUGCGUGCGUGAACACAUCCUUCGUCAAGCUUCCGCCAAAAUGACACAACGGACGUCGGCUAAAUUGUUGCCCGCACUGGUGGCACUGGUCUGCGUGCUACAGGUGCUGGAAUGUGGUGUCGUCGAUCGGCAAGCUCGGGCGUAUCGGCAGUACAACAGUGAGCUACAGAAAAGACCAUUCUGCAAUGCGUUCACCGGUUGCGGCAAGAAGCGAUCGACGGCCGCAAGUCCACCGUCGACGACGACAUCGGCGGCGGCGGCCGCACUGCUACAGCGGCACCUGCAGAACAUGGAGCACGGCAAAAAGGAGCGGCUCAACGGUGACUUCGACCCGAACGAGGAGUCCGUCACCAGUCUGCUGGAUCUGAACACCGAGCCGGCGGUCGAGGACCUGCUGCGGCAGAUCAUGUCCGAAGCGAAGCUCUGGGAAGCGAUCCAGGAAGCUAACCGGGAGAUCCUGCUCCAAAAGUCGGCCAUGAACCAGCAGCGCAACGAAUUCCCGCUCACUUUCAGCACACAGUAAACCGGAGCUCUGUGACCGCUCGGUCAGCCGGGACUCGGUGGUCGGGUUUCGGCUGCUUAUGUUUUUUCGAUGUAUAGCAAGCAACCUUCCCCUCUACAUGAUGGAGGGGCGGACUAAUAAAACCAACUUCCGAGGGCAACGCACUCGGAAAGGGCUGAGGAAACGGACAAAUGACACUGCACCGGUUGAACACUGUUACUCUCUCCGCGACUAUCGGCGCCAUCAGCUGGACGUCCCUCGUCCGGGGCGCAUCCUUAUAAAGUUUCUUGUAAUGUAAAGCCGUUGAUCGAUUGAAAGUGCCGCGGAUAGCUCACACACCACUUAAGAGGAAGAAUACGACG